UGGGCACAUACAUUGUGUAGUUUUCAUCUUAUAAUACUUCAGGAACAAAAGUUAAAAAGCAAAUAACUCGUUGAUUAAACUUUUAAUAGUAUAAUAUUUAGUAUUCAAGUCAAAUACACGAUAGUUUUACUUAAAGAUAUGUAUAUCCAAUACUGCAUCAACUAAAUUUGCAUCGUUUUUUGCUAGCAUAGUUCGAAGUAAGGUUUCUUGGCAAAAAAAUUCAUCCCAAAAUCUUGGCCUGACGAAAAAUAAUAGUAUGCGUCCAACGUUGCAAUUAGCAAUCACGGUGGGCGUGGUGGUACUCUACUCCGUUCCAAAGGAAAGCUUGCAACAACAACUCAACAAUAGCACCGAAGUUUUGAGAGCUGCAACAAUUAUAUUUCGACAUGGUGAGAGAAAUCCCAUCAAAUCAUACCCUGGUGAUCCUUAUGAGUUCGAAACCGUCUUCUGGCCUGAAGGAUACGGUGCAAUGACCAUGCCAGGGAAAGUAAGAAUGUACAAUCUUGGAUGGUACAUGAGGAAGCGAUAUCCCACCUUCCAGAGAAAAAACGUGGUCGUUUAUAGUUCCGCCUCAAACAGGACCAUCACGAGUGCAAUGGCCAACCUGGCUGGAUUUUAUGGACAAAAUCGCUCAUUUUUAAGACACAUUGACUCAUACAACCCAAAAGGACUUGGCAUCAAUAUCAUUCCUAAGCUAGACGACGACUUCAUCAUGAUGGAGGCGGAUCUCUACUGUCCAAGGUAUACACAACUUCGCCAGAGACACUUGCACGAAACUCGCCCUAUGGAAAAGUACAAAGACGCACUCGAGAUCAUCAACAAAUAUACUGGUCUAAAUUUUUCAACCUAUAAUAUUGACAUUAUGAUUUUUGCGGACACGAUUAUCAUCCAAAAAUCUAAAGGCCUAACCUUGCCUGACUGGAUUCAAAAUUUGUACGAUGAUGACUUAUUCUUUGAACUCCGGGACGAGUACUUUCUGAAUAUUAUGCCCACUUUGGAACUCAAACGCCUGCGAAGUGGUGGCAUGUUGAAAAGAUUUUUGGAUGAAAUGGAUCUAGUUGUGGAUGAUGUGGAACAUUACCAAAAUUUACAAGAAGGUCGUGCCGUUUCAUCUCAGCUGGAUUUUCCGAGAACAAUGGUCGUCUCUGGUCACGACUCGACCAUAGCCACGUGGAUGAUUGACUUGGAAAUUUUCGACUGGGAGAAUAUACCUUAUGGCGCUGCAAUUUUUGUGGAACUCUAUGAAGUUGGAACCAAGCUAAACAAAACAGUCUUCAUCAUUAAGAUGUUUUAUAAGAACGACGCGGAACGUGAACCGAUACAGAUGACUUUGCCAGGAUGUCCAAAUCCUUGCUAUUACAGCAACUUUAAGAAAAUGUUACAACCUCUUGUACUACACAAUCGGAAAGAAGAGUGCAGAAUCUCCAACCUUGACGUCGACAACGAGACAUUGAAAUCCUAUGAAACUAGCGCACCAACAGUAUUUGAUGAUUCGGUUCCAACAAAAAAUGUACUGUCCAAUGCUUACGAACUGACUUAUUCAAAGAGUGUGAUGUUAUACUGUGUAUUUUACAUGGUCGUUCCUGCACUGCUAUACCAUUUAAACCUUGAUUAAACUACUUGAUUCAUUUACUACAA